AAGGACUAAGGAGUUUGUCAAUCGAAUCAAGUGUUAGCUAUGCUAAGACCAUGAUAAUUAGAGUAUAUUGUAUACGUGCUCGUCAUGGGCUUUUCUAUCUUUAUUGACAGGAUUUUUCAAUUUUCUUCCUUAGACAUGGCCCAAUGGACCUAACUGAUGAAGGUAACCCAUUAGCACCAAGGACUCGUUAACAACAAUACACGUAUUUUUGGGCGCUCCCUGUUUUUUGGUGGGAAGGGAAAGGCAAAAGAGGUGAGAAAUUCUGAAUCAAAUACUCCAAUAUGACUCAGCUAAGUAAACGGAGUUGGUAUAUACACUAGGACUUCGACUUCGACUGCAACUAGGACUAGAACUAGGUUUAGGUUUCCUUGUUCCAACAUGAUAUUUCACAGUAAUAUAAACCCGACAUUCCAUCCCUUGUUUUCUCCAUAGCCAACAAUCCUCAGAACUCUUUGUUUUUCUGAUCAUUGAUCAAACUUACUCUCGUCUCUCCAGGAAACCAACACCCAGAAAACCCUUCUCGUUUACUAGACGACAUGGAAACCUCACCCCGUAAGCCAUUGAUCCUGGAAAUCAACCUGAUAUCAGCCCAAGGCCUCGGCCGAGGAAGAAAGUCAUCAGGUAUGCAGACAUAUGUGGUGGCAUAUCUCAACCAGAAGCAGAAUCAGAAGCUCACGUCAAGGAUUGACAAAGACGGCAACAACAAUCCUACAUGGAACGACAAGUUCAUCUUUGUCGUGGAUGAAGUUGGUGAUGAUUCGACAACUCAUUCUUGCCUAGUUUUUGAGAUCUUUCGCGUUCGGAGAUUCGUGAAGGACAAAAGAAUUGGUGUGGUACGAGUUUUGCUGGACAACUUGAUAAGCAGAAAUCAUGGUUGCAUCGAAGGAGAAAGCCCAAAGUUUGCAGCGUUUCAUGUGCGAACUCCAUCUGGUGAACAUGUGGGCAUCCUCAACAUCGGCGUGGCAAACUUGAACACCAUGUUCCAUCAAGAAAUUCCCAAGUUUCUCUCUUUGGAUUCUGCCCUGGACUAUAGAAGAUUGAUGGGCAGUGAACCUGUGGCUAAAGCUUAACUGAGAUUUUCGAGUUUCAAAGCAUGCUCAGUACAAAAAUUGGAGAUUGUAAUUGUUUUUGGAAAUAGUGAAAAUUAAUCUCGGUGGAUCUUUCCUCCGUGGAUGUAGGUCACAUCGGCCGAACCAAGUGAAUUUGUUGUCUUUCUCGCGUGUGCUUGCUUUAUUUUUUAAUCCUCUCCAUAAUCCAGAAGGAACUAGCACAGAUAAGGAACUGC